GUGUCCUUGCCGCCUACUUCCGCCCUAUGUCAGAGGCAGUGUACUCUUCGAUUGUUUACGUUACUAGAGCAUUAAUUUGACCUUAAUUCACAGGUUGUGUUUGGCUAUCUGUGAUGCUUGGAGAGAGGCUGGGCUGCAGGGACAGGCCGGUGGUGGAAACAUGACUUCUGAGUAACGCAAAGUUACUUUCUGUGCUCAGUAUGAACAGCGAAGAAGAGUUUUACGACGCUGAGACAGGGCUGGAGUCAGAUGAUUCCUGUGAGGUCAGUUUUAAAGAUGCCCUGGUGUUUGACAGUAAGCAGGUGACUGAUGGCAACGCCACACACGAGAAUGGAGUGUGGGAGCGCAGGAAAACCCUGCCUGCUGAAAUGAUCUCGAGAAACAAUUUCAGUGUUUGGAGUAUACUGAAGAAAUGCAUCGGCAUGGAGCUGUCCAAAAUAGCGAUGCCAGUUGUGUUUAACGAGCCACUGAGCUUCCUCCAGAGAAUCUCGGAGUAUAUGGAGCACACUCACCUCAUCCACAAAGCCUGCAGUUUGUCUGACUCGAUAGACCGCAUGCAGGUGGUUGCUGCGUUUGCGGUUUCGGCUGUAGCAUCUCAAUGGGAAAGGACUGGAAAGCCAUUUAAUCCUUUACUGGGGGAGACAUAUGAGCUCAUAAGAGAGGAUGAGGGCUACAGAUUGAUCUCGGAGCAGGUGAGCCACCACCCGCCUGUCAGUGCCUUCCACGCUCAGUCUCUGAAGCAAGAGUUCGAGUUUCAUGGUACCAUCUACCCAAAACUCAAGUUCUGGGGCAAAAGUGUGGAGGCCGAGCCCAAAGGCACCAUGACGCUGGAGCUACUGAAACAUAAAGAAGCGUACACAUGGACAAACCCAAUGUGUUGUGUGCACAACAUCAUCCUGGGGAAACUCUGGAUUGAGCAAUAUGGAACCGUGGAGAUAGUCAACCACAGCACGGGAGAUAAGUGCGUGUUGAACUUCAAACCGUGCGGCAUGUUUGGAAAAGAGCUGCACAAAGUAGAAGGUCAUAUCCAAGACAAAAGUAAGAAGAAGCGGCGAGUGAUUUAUGGAAAGUGGACAGAGUGCAUGUACAGCGUGGACCCCAAGGUUUACGAAGCCAACAAGAAGUCCGACAAGAAGACAGCGGGAGACUCUAAAAAGCUGAAACCGGAACAUAGCUGUGAAGGUGAGGAAGCAGAUGAGAUGCCAGAAGUUCAAGAGACUGUGACUGUGAUACCAGGAAGUGCCUUACUGUGGAGGAUAACGCCGCGGCCUGCUCACUCAGCACAGAUGUAUAACUUCACCAGCUUUGCCAUGACACUAAACGAACUGGAGCCCGGCAUGGAGAGACUACUGGCACCAACAGACUGUCGGCUGAGGCCCGACAUCAGAGCCAUGGAAAAUGGAGACACAGACGCAGCAAGUGCAGAGAAAGAGCGGUUAGAGGAGAAACAAAGGGCCUCACGCAGGGAACGCUCCAAGGAUGAAGAGGAGUGGUCAACCAGAUGGUUUCAGCUGGGAACAAACCCUCACACAGGAGCAGAAGAUUGGCUGUACACAGGUGGAUACUUUGACAGGAAUUACACUGACUGUCCCAACAUUUAUUGACACAGGAGGUGCUCAGUGUGAAGAUCUCCUCUCUGAUAGGAUUCACUUUAUUUCUCAGCAUCUAAGAGUUGUGUCUUUGUGACGUCCAGGCGCUCACUGGUACUGCGUCUUUGUGCGAAUCAAUGAAAAGCUGAUAUCAAAAUGUUAUCAGGCGGUUUAUCAGAUUAUGACUGUGAACCUUGUCCACAGGCGAAAUGUUAUAAUGAGGAGAAUUUUAGAGUUUACUUAACUGUAAAUGUUGACGUCAAACAUCUUCAUCUUUAUAUGCCCUAAUCAUGAUUCUGACAAUAAUAGUCCACCUGUAUGUUACUCACCUGUCGAGGGUUUUAAACCAGUCACCUGUGUGUGUGUGUGUGUGUGUGUGUGUGAGACCAUGCUGCUGCAGGACACAAAGCUCUGACCUCUAGAGGGUAUAUUCAAUUUUAUUAAUCUUACCUGUAGACAUACCACACACUUCUGUCCAGUUGCAUUCAAAUAUCAGGGGUUAUUUAAACACAUCUGUUACUUUUAUAUAUAACCUAUUUGAAUAUCAGAUUAGAUAUCUAUUUUAGUUAGCUGUAAACAUCCCUAAAAUGUCACCGGUGUGGUCAUUUUCUGUGAAUACAGACUUACAGUAGAGAUGAAAGCUGCUUAUAUCCAUGUUUACUGGCACAGUAAACACAUUGUUGGUACAUUAUAUUAUUGUCCACUGUAACAUAGAUGAUGUGUAUAAUAAGUGGUGCAUGCAUGGUCACCAAGAUGGUUAUUUACACAAGUUAAAGCCAUAAAAACCUUUUCUGCACUAAGUAUAAUAGUGUAAAUGCAUUCAUAUGAAACGUUAAAGCAAAGGGAUACAGAGCAUAAUGUUAUAAGCAGGAGGUUUCUGACUCUAUAAGAACCAUGUUGAUGGGGAUUUCUGAGCCUUAGUCAAAACAGUGAUAAUCCUAUUAUUAUUUGUAUUACUUUGAUUUGGGGCGUAAUCAUUCUCUAAGUUUUGGAACUACAGAUCCCAUAAUUUGGGGGCUGUAAACAGGAAGUAUAAUGUUGCCGUGGAGUCAGUUAGCUAUUAAGCUGUGGGCUACAACUUGAACCCCGUUUUUUAGCCUGUUUUUGUUUACACAUUGACAAAUUGGCACCAUUAAAAGUAUAUCAAAUUGGCUAUUAGCGGCUCCUGUUUCCAUCCCUUUGAUGUACAGACAACUAUCACUGGAUUAUUUUGAUAUCGAAGAAAAGUUAACAAUGUGAUGUUUCUCAGGCAAGCUCUGGAGUUAUAAAGAGUGUCUUUAGUGUAUGAUUUCUAAGCAGACUUUAGGAUUUUCAUUUGUGAGAUAAAGAUAUUUCCAGGAUGUGUAAGUCACACUGAAUCCAAACGUAUGUGUUGAAUAUGGAGCAGGAGUUUUGAGGCGGCUUACGUCUGUCCCAGCACCUCACAGCUCGAACACCUCUGGUUUAAAGAGAAAGCUGUGUCACACUGACUCCUGAUUAUAGACAUUUUCUUCACAACUCUGAAUGCUCUCAGAGUUUCCACUUCGAUGCCCCGUGUCAUUUUUUCAUUUUUCAAGGAAAAGCUGUCUUCAGACACAGCAGCAGCGAAUAAUACAGGACACUGUAGCCAUCAUAAACCUAUGCAAACUGAUCUAUCCAGUCUGCCCUCCUGAAAUGUGAAGAAUAGAAAUUAAACACUUAACUCCUCUUUAGCUAGUAGCCAAUGUGUGCUUCAGACACUACAGAGGCAGCAGUUAAUGAAUGUUGUGUGCUCAUAAUAUAACGCUUACAUACAUACAGCAGCGCGGUUGUUCCCGUGUAGAGAUAUUUUUUGUUUGCGAGCACUAACCUUGCGGAAACUGCACAUUUGAAUGCUCACAGUCCAUUGCACAUAUUGUAUAGUGAAAUGUCCUCCCCAUCAUGUCUUCUCCCAGCUGCUCUCGACUUUACUCUGAUUUCAAAGCACUUUGUGAGGCCUGCAGACACUCAGAGGUGCAGGUUCGGUCUGAUGAUUCUCCCUGAUCUCAUACUCUUCACCCUCUCAUUCUGUCUAGCAUCUAUUUGAGAAUGUUUACAUUGUAUGUUCAUUCAUUGUGUUUUUUUCUCUUCAUACUAGCCACACACAACCAUGUGCAUACAUGACUUAUUGGAGAAAUAAAUUAUGGACUAUUGAAACUA